AUGUCGUCCUCCCUCAAACGUAAACGCGGCGCAGAUCAAAGCGAAAGUGCGGCGCCCACGGCGGCUAAAGUGAAGGUGUUGGAACCAUCAUCUACACUUGUUGGACCGGUCUUGGCGCACUUUCCAUCAGUUGCGCCUCCAAACGGCACUCCUGCUCAUGUGUAUCGCUCCAAAUACUCAGCCCCUGAUGCAGCCCUUGAAAGCACAUCUACUAUUCUCGUUUCUGAAACUCCUCAGAUCGAAUACGUAAGCACGAAUCAGGAUUAUGCUGCUGCCGGACAUGGAUAUACCUGCCAGUACAUGGUGGCUGUUCACAACCGAAAAGACAAUACUAUAACAUUCCGACCUGCUCCCUUGUAUGACCUUACCCGCACAGUCAAAGCUCUCAAGAAUCUGGAGACUCAAGCUGUAUCCCAAGCGCAGCGGAUGCAGGCCAGGAAUGCCCUUGGAGAAGCAUUCGGAACAAAGAAGGCCAAGGCAGCCAUUAAAGCAGCAGAGAGGAAUCGGGUUGACGUCGGGGCCAUGAAAGACGUUCGGGACUUCGUAGUCGAUAGUGUGCGGGGUGGUACAAGUGCACUUCCUACCAAAGAUGCAGUCACCGAAAUGUCUCUGUCUAGUCGACUCAUUCCUACGCCUGAUCUCUCUGCUUCCACACCAUCCGAUGCGUAUCCUCUUGCCAAUGUUAUCCCUCCUGCCGAAUUUACAUCUAUAUCGAUCCAACCAUUCCUCGCCGCUACAACUCCCGAAGACCGCCGAGCGCUGCUUCCCCAUCGCCAUAGUAUAUGGAUAAACGGGCGUCUGAGGGCCUUGUUUGCUAAUGGCGAGUCGGUCAGCAAAUCAAAAUUAAAAUGUUUGAUAUAUGUCUCAACUCUAUUUGCAUUCCGCCAGACGGCCUCGCAUACGUUAUCAAAGGCCACCGGGGAUCCUCGAGCCGCGCUGCGAGAACGCUUGGACUCGGCGACUGUACCUGACUUGGUUUUCGAUGGAUUGCUCGAGAGGUUUACGGAAACCGCCAGAGGAGGACGGCCAACUGUAACGUCGCAAACAGAGACCAAGCUUUUCACAUACCUACUUGCGCUGUGUUUGCGGAUCGAUGCCUUCUCGACAGUCAUCUUGCCUUUGGCAAAUGAUCUGAAAAUCUCUCCAGUCAAGUUGACGACCUACUUCAAGUCACUGGGCUGCAAAAUUCAAGGAACAGGGGAUGAGCGCCGGGCAGUAUUGACCGUUCCACUUGAAUUCCCCAAACCGAGAUCUAUGACUAAACGAGGUGGAAAAUAG